GGUAGAUUAUGCAAUAAAGAAAAUUUAUCCGCAAUUAGUAGGUAGUGGGUUUGAAGAAAUUAUCUACGUCACUGAAGCGAAGCAAAUUGAUAUAAAAGCAGGCGUUGCUCAAAACUUAAUGCAACUUGAAGGUUCGUUAGAUUCAAACAAAAACAAAAAACGUAAGCUUGAUGAGUUGUACCCAGAUCAAGUGUAUUCAGAAUAUGUCUACGGAAUCGUAUCAACUGGCACUGAUUGGUAUUUUUUUAAGCAUACUCCUGAUCAAAUUUUCUGUAGUCAAGCACCCGAUUAUAUACCUUUGGUAACAACACAGUUAGAUAAUGAUGAGUAUUUGAGGAAGGGAAUUAAAACAGUUCUUGGCAAAAUCAUUUGGAUGUUAAAGGAUCGAGAUCGAACAAACAAGAGACAACGCACAUAA